AUGUUAUUAUAUAGUUAUAUAGUUACUUAUAUGUUAAAUUGUCAGCUACCAGUGAUACGCGUUGGAUUGUUUUGGACACCAGCCCUAGGUGAUGUGCUGACACCGCUAAAGCUCUCGCGCUUCUGCAAAGAUCGGAAGCUAUGCCCAGAUUGGCUGCAAGGCUCCAGUCUGCACGCUCGGCCUGCAGCACCUGAGGCGGAUCCAGCGGCUGGGCCGGUGCCUUCGACGACCCAUUCGAGCCACCGCCGCACGAGUACGCAGACGCCAUGGCCCGGGACCACAGGAGUUCUGGCAGUUGCGGGGCCAGCAUUCUCGCGCCUCCUGGAACGCUGCAAUUGCAGCAGCAGAGCCACGGCAUUGGCAAAAAAGAUGGAGUUUGCAAAGGAGCGAGUUGAAACCUCACGCACUUGA